GUGAUGCAAAAGCACACCACUGAGUGCAACAACGUAUGUGUUCAGAGAACACCAACUGAUAAAACAUGGAAAAGAACACACUUCUGUUGCAUUUGUUCUGCAUUCUGUUGCUGUGUUUUGGAGCGUCAAGGUCAUCGGCAAGGAAAGUUAAUAACCAUGGUACCAACUCUAAACAGGUUUACAUCGUCUAUAUGGGAGCUGCGGAUUCAACAAAUGCUUCUCUUCGGAAUGACCAUGCUCAGAUUCUUAAUUCGGUGCUGAAGAGGGAUGAGAAUGCUCUGGUACGAAACUACAAGCAUGGUUUCUCAGGGUUCGCAGCUCGUUUAUCAAAAGAGGAGGCAGAUUCAAUCGCUCAGAAACCUGGUGUUGUGUCUGUUUUCCCUGACCCCAUUCUGAAGCUCCACACAACUCGUUCCUGGGAUUUUCUCACACACCAAACUCGUGUCAAAGUGGACACCAAACCAAACACGCUCUCCGGUUUUUCUUCUUCCUCAGACGUUAUCCUUGGCGUCAUAGACACAGGGAUAUGGCCAGAGGAUGCGAGUUUUAACGACGAGGGAAUGGGUCCGAUUCCGCCCCGUUGGAAAGGCACGUGCGUGACAACGCGUGACUUCAAUUCCUCCAAUUGUAACAGGAAGCUAAUCGGGGCGAGGUAUUAUACUGAUGAUGAGGAGGGCGAGGGGUCCCACACGCCAAGGGAUUAUGAUGGCCAUGGGACCCACGUGGCGUCGACGGCGGUGGGUUCCGUCGUGAGAAACGUGUCGUUCUAUGAUCUGGCGGCGGGGGACGCAAAGGGUGGGUCCCCAGAAUCUAGGUUGGCGAUUUACAAAGCGUGUUUUGGCGGGGGAUGUCGUGGGGAGGCCAUUUUGGCGGCGUUUGACGAUGCCAUUGCCGACGGAGUGGAUGUGCUGUCGCUGUCGCUGGGUCCGUCCCCCGGGAGCCAAAAAGAAUUGCUUGACGAUCCCGUUUCCAUCGGCGCAUUCCACGCCGUGGAGCGCGGCAUUCUGGUGGUCUGCGCCGCCGGCAAUUCGGGACCGGAAUCGUAUACGGUUGUGAACGACGCGCCUUGGAUUUUUACGGUUGCAGCUUCUACCAUCGACCGGGAUUUCGAGUCCGACCUCGUUUUGGGUGAUAACAGGACCAUCAAGGGUAGAGCUAUAAACUUCUCUAAUCUCAAAAGUUCUCCCGAGUAUUCAAUCAUAUCUGGUGAGCUUGCCAAGACAAAGAAAAGCACCGUAGCUGAUGCCAGAGAAUGUGAGUCAGGUUCAUUAGAUGGAGAAAAAGUGAAAGGGAAAAUAGUGGUUUGUGUUGGCCCCAGUGGCGACAGUUCGGAAAUUAAGAAGUUGGGAGGAAAAGGUCUGGUUUUGAUUACCGAUGUAUAUGGGUCAAUCGCAGAGAAUUUCGGUGACUUCCCAGUAACAGUGAUUUAUCCAAAAUAUGGCGUCUCAAUCCUCAACUAUAUCACAUCAACCAGCAACCCACUGGGAACAAUACUAAGCACAAAAACAGUUCUUGAUUAUAAGCCUGCUCCAAUGGUGCCAAGCUUUUCAUCAAGAGGACCUUCGACGCUUUCGAGCAAUAUUCUCAAGCCUGAUAUUUUAGCACCAGGAGCAAACAUUUUCGCUGCAUGGAGUAAAAAAGCCAUAGUGGGUGUUCCGAAAGGAAGAAAGCCAUCACUGUACAACAUUAUCUCAGGGACUUCCAUGGCCACUCCACAUGUUUCAGGGCUUGCAUGCAGUGUUAAAACACACAACCCCACUUUGAGUCCCUCUGCAAUCAAAUCUGCCAUAAUGACUUCAGCAAUUCAAAACGACAACCUCAAGAUGCCCAUAAGAAAUGAUUCGGAAGAGUUAGCCACACCUUAUGACUAUGGGGCAGGGGGAAUAACAACAUCUGAGUCGUUAAAACCAGGGCUGGUUUACGAAACUGACACCGUUGACUACUUGAACUUUUUGUGUUACGCUGGAUUUAACAUAAGCGAGAUUAAGAUCAUCUCCAGAUCUGCCUCUAAGAAUUUCAGUUGCCCUGAGGAUUCCAGUUUUGAUCUCAUCUCCAACAUCAACUACCCUUCCAUUGCAGUGAACAUCACUGGCAAAGGAAAUGUGAGUGUGACUAGAACUGUCACAAAUGUUGGUGAAGAAGAUGAAACAGUGUACUCUCUCACUGUGGACGCUCCGAGUAAUGUAAAAGUCACAGUAACUCCAGAUAAACUCCAAUUUACAAAGAGUAGUAAAAAACUAAGCUACGAGGUUAUUUUCUCAGCUUCGAAAUCCUUAGAGAACGAUUUGUUUGGAUCCGUUACUUGGACCAACGACAAAUAUGCAGUUCGAAUUCCUUUUGUAUUGACAAAAUAGUAAAACAAAAACAGGGAUGAAUAAAUGCAAUCUAAGUUCUUCAUGAA